CGAGGGCAGUAACUGAGCAAGAAAGAAAAAAGUGGUCACCCAGAACGCUGAGAAAACGGCGUUUUUACGCGCCAAAGACUAUGGAAAACACGGAAGACAAAAGUCCUGUCGCUAAAGAAAAAGCCAGGAAUAUCAUAUGCUUUUUUGCGCUUGGAGUCUUGUCGCUGAUCUACGAUGAAAUAUCGCUAGCUGCCGCUGAGGAUGUCUUAUCGGGGAGCAAGAUAGCUACCACAAAUGUAAUAAUCGCUAUUGCGUUGCCCGUACUGGCUGUUAAAAUUUCCGCACCGUGGUUUAUUCAAAAAUGCUCAUAUUUGUACAAGUCAGGUAUAGUUGUGUUUCUACUGGUUGCUGGAUUGAUCGUGAUUGUGUCGGCUGAAAGUGUCCGCUUGCGAUUGUUCGGUAUCAGUAUAAUCGAAUCAGGGGUCAGUUUUAGCGAGAUAACAUUCCUGGCAUUGACUGCAGCUUAUGAGGAUGUCACAGUAAGCGCGUUUGUAGCCGGCAUUGGUGUUGCCUCGCUUCUUGGACCAUUGUACUAUACAGGUAAUUAUUAUGCCGUUAUUACCAUUCUAUCCCCCCUCCAUAUACACCUAAUACACCUUGUCACGGUUUUCGACGCCAUCUUGACGAGUUGGCAAACCCGUGAGAAAUUACAGUGUUUGUAUGAGAAUUUAAUGCCUAAUAAUUUCCGUAAAACGGCUGUUUUAAAAAAUAUAUGAACUGUAAACUAAAGCUUCACGCUUAAGGAUUCUAAUGACAAAAUUUGAGGGCGUUACAUGCGCUAGAAGACCUAGAACCUUUUUCUAAAAUUUUCUAUCCAUUUGUCUGUACAAAUUUCCAGGGAAAAAUUGCAGACAAAAAUAUAGAAAAUCUAAAGCAAGCUUCUGGAGAAAUUUAAGCACAGUAACGACCCUCAAGAUUUGUUGGUAAAAUCCUUUGCUGUGUAGCUUUCGUUUACAGUUCAAAUUUUUUCCAGAACAGCCGUUUUAAGGAAAUUAUUCGACAUUGGAUUCUCAUUCAAACACUGUAAUUUCUCACGCUGUAAUUUCUCACGCGUUUGCCUACUGGUCAAGAUGUCGAAAACCGUGACAAGGUCUAUUGCAAUAACGUUGUCAUAAAUAAAAUAAGAGAACUGAAAAAAGUUAGAAAUAUAAGAAAUAUCAAGUUAGGACACUCAUGAAAAAUGGGAACAAAACAGAAAAUUGGAAAUGACUGAAGUUACUGAUAGGGCUACGGUUUAGGUUAGGUUUAGUUCCCAUUUUUCAUUUUCCCUUUUCUCGUGCUCAUUCUCUAUAAUAAUAACAAUAAGCUCUAUUUAUUCAUCUUUUAAAAAUAUAUACUCUCUACUCCCAGUUCCGUGCAACUUGAAACGUGAACUUUACUCAGGGCCCGCAGAGCGGAUUUUCAAGGGGCGGGGGCGGGGGUCGGGGAGGGGGCUAAUGCGAACGCGUAAGCGUGAGCAAACUAGGAGAAUCCGAAAAAAUUUCAAAUUUAAGUCUUCUAAAAUGGCUAUAAAUGCAUCUAAAACUGCCAAUAGUAAUCAGUCUGAAUAGUAAUAUAAAUUUGUAAUUAUCACAUUCGUUACAACCUGGCCCCCACUUUAGACCAAAAUUCAAGUGAAUGGACUUUGAAGCUAAGCCCAACACGCAACGGUUGAGUGUCACCCGGACAUUUUUAAGUCCGCAGGAUUCUGUGAAGGUGCCAAAGUUGUCUUUCCAAUUGUCAUUAAGAGCUGCAAACUCAUUGGCAACAGCUACAAGACAAAGUUUGUCUGUUCUCUGUUUGUGGGUGUUAAGUAUUGUCAGAUUACUAAACCUUGUUUGUGUGGUAAGUGACAGAUAUGGGUAACCAGAGUGAAAAAAAAAAUUACCAUUCGAAUAAGUGGGAGUGCUAAAGCCCCCCAGCCCCACCCACUGCGCGGUCCCCGAAUAUUAUAUUCAGAAAUUAGAAUUGGAAUUUAUUAGGGAACCAAACCCUCUCGGCCAACCGUUCCGGGUACAAUGUUCGAUGUGUGUGACUGAGAGAGUUGUUCUAGUUCUGUGCCGUUGGGGUUCAUUUCCAGAAAACAGAGAGUGAAGUUCACGGGGAGUAGUUAUUCUACUUUUUGCAACAAAAUCUGUACAUGUCGCGUGUUUUACCGACACAAAGCAAACUUGGUUUGCAUCAAGUGACGAAACUCCCGUGCAUGCAAUGCUUCCUGCGAAAUUUUAUCCAAUUGGAAUUUAGUAUUUACGCAAAUUGCAACUACCUAAUUUGUUGCAAGACAAAUUUGAACGUGGGUGAUAUGAUGCGCAACAUCAAUUUUCAACUUGUUUCGCUGCAAUGUUGCUAUUAAAUCAAGUUGAGCGUUUCUGUUCCCCUUUUUACCGUACCUUAAUUAUCAUGAAAAAGCAAGCUAGGUGCUAAGUAACUGUGCUCUAAUUUUCUCCUAGGUCUUACAACUUGGGCAUGUCUUCCACCAAGAACAGCAAUCUUAACAACCUUCCCCUGGCCCUUCCUUGUGUUGUUCCUGUACGCUUUCCUGGAGAAAAAACAGCACAGUAUAAAUGUAAAGCACAAAGAAAGCGGAGGUGCUAAAUAUAACAAACUGCCGACUUCGUCUGACAAAGACGAUUCGGACUCCGCCCCUAGAAAUGAGUUAGCUUGGAAAGAAAAGUUGUUAGUUGCCAAGCGCAUUUUACCCUACAUAACUUUCUUGUUCCUCACCUACUUUGCUGAAUAUCUAUCAAAUCAGGGUGUCAUUACCACGCUUGCCUUUUCCGACUCGUCUUUCAGCCCGAGGGAUCAUUAUCAAUAUUACAUCGUGUGUUAUCACGUGGGCAAGUUCCUUGGCAGGUCCCAUAUUUUCCUCCUCUCCUGCACCUGUUCAAAAGUGAUCCCAUAUGUGCGCGUCAGGAAAACCUGGAUAUUAGCGCUGGUAGAAAUAGCUCAUCUUGUUUUCUUCCUUUUCGCAUCGUGGUUCCGCUUUGUACCGCACGUUUCUAUAAUUCUUAUUCUCUGCGUAACUGAGGGGUUUGUAGCAGGCUCCAUGUACGUAAACUCAGCUCACACCGUGUCUGACAUCAUUGAUGACCCAAAGGAGAGAGAAUUUGCUUUAGGAUUACUGACCAUCGGCAACGGACUGGGUAAACUAACUGCAGGCUUUUUGGGUCUUCACGUAGAACCACAACUGAAAAAGCACUGUGUUUACGAUCUCGAGUUAAGGGAUGAAUGUAUCACGAGAUUCCCGCAACCCUCAGGUUGGACAAAAAAUAUGCACUGUUAUAGCCGUGACUACAAUGUUAAGUCUAACUCCACAGGAUUGUAGCUAAGAUUUUCGUCAAGGUUUUUGUAAUGCAACAAACAAGUUAAAGAGUAUCCGAAGUUUCUCAAGUUAUUUAAGAAACUCAAAUCAGCCAAUCAGAAAUCAGGACUCUAGCCCCGUAGCUGCCGAAAAGGGCGAGAAAAACGCAUGACUUAAGUCGCUCAUUUACGCGCCGUGCAUUGGGCUCGAGAAUGCGAAUCAUUAUAUUCUGGUCGGAUGAAAAAUGGCGCGAAAAUUCCAUUCAAUCAUGCGAAAGAAAUCGUGGUGUUUAUACGUAGGUGUGGUAGUGAAAGAAAAAGUUUUGUUUUAUCGUAUGAGUGCCUUUACCACCGUAAAGGGAUUCAAACCGGAUGACCUUGAGUGAAGGGUUUCGUCGAAAAGAGGCCGCUGAAUUACGUGACCCACCCCCCUUCCCUACCUUAGUAUUUUAAGGUCCUUUUAGGAAAGUCUUAAAUGUAGCGCAGGUGAUAGAUAAAUAGAAAUUAAAUAGACUGCAAUGGACUACUUGGCAUUCUUCAAUUUUUAUUGUUAAAUAAAAAAGACAC